GUCUCCAUGCUUGGUUUGGGAGGGUACUGUGGGCGCUGUGGGAGGUGCCUGCCGCUCCUCCAGAUCCCUGCCUUGGGACGAGGUGACUCUGCGAGGUGACUCUGCCACUAUUUAGCUCUGUCACUGACUCCGCUGCCUGCAUCCACGUCUCUCCUUCUCCAGCCCCUGCCCAACCCUCACCCCCCUGCUUUUCUCUUUCAUACAGCUGUGACCCUCCCUCUAUCCCUCCCUUUAGUUAAUCCACGCUGGUCUAAAAAGAGGCGAGUUACACUUCUCUUAAUAGUGUCUCAGAUUUCUGGUCAGCAGAGCACGUCACACCUGUGAGAUCCCGGACUCCCUUCUCCUCCAACUGGUCUCCUCGCAAGGGGAAGCAGGGGCUCAUUAAGGGUCGCCUUGGAGAUCUAGCCCGCCCCCCUGACUCUUGGGGCGACUCGUGUGACUGAUGAGAGUAACCAGACAGUCAUCUCGUCCCGGUACCUUUUCUGACUACUUUCGAGGGCUCUUGUAAGCUUAGAUGAAAUAGCAGCAUAUGUUUGCAUUGUUAAGUCAACAUAAGGCCAAAUCAAUUAAGAUAAAUAAAGUAAAAACAGACGUGGGUGUCCCUGAAGCUUGGGAACGUUUCGUUAACGGGAGCAGAGUGUAACUGAUUAGCUGAGAAUCAGGGCUGCAUGCUGCAGCUCCCUCACAGAGUGUGCUGCUGACUGUGUUUGUGUGUGUGUGUGUGUGUGUGACAAAGGCACAGAUCAGUGUCCCUGAUGGCACCAACACCAAGUGUGCUGUGGUGUCUGCUGGGAGUUCUCAUCCCACAGCAAUGCCUGGCACAGUGGCUCUCUGCCAGUUGCCCCACCGUGCCCAGGCACAGGACGCUGGAUGGUGUCCAAUACCUGCCGGAGGUCAGACCAGACCCCCGCAUCAGCUUCAUGGAUGGAUUCGUCCACAGCUUCCUUGGCACGGUCCAGCCAAACCGCUUCCCCAUAGAACUACUCCGGAUCGCGCUGAACGAUCACAGCAAGUUGCAGAAUCAGGAGACCAUCAGACAGGUUCUGCGCUACGAGGCAGGUUUCCUUGUCUGCGUCGCCAUUGGUCUCCUCUAUGUCUUCCUGAUGCCUCUGGCCGGCUUGUGCUUGGCCUGCUGCCGUUGCUAUGGUAACUGUGGAGGUCACAUGUAUCAAGAGCAGAGUCCGGACAUCCACAGAUGGAGGAGGGGCCUGUACAGGGCUACACUGUUCACUACUGCCAUCAUCCUGGCAGGAAACGUCUGCAUGUUCUACAGUAACCAUUCUGUGUCCGUCGCCGUGAGCCGAGCUCCAUCAGGCAUCAGGGGUGCCAUGAGCAACGUCCAGACCUACCUGUCUGCCCUCCUGCAGCAAAUUAACACCGUGGUGAAUGAGAGCCUCACAACCCUGGACGAGAUGGGGGCCAACCUGACCGACCUUGGCCCAUCACUGGGGACAGAUAUCCAGCAGAGUCUCAGGGAGCAUCUGUCCGGCGCUCUGCUCUUUGUGCACCAGAUGUCUCAAGCAGUGAACGUGACCAGCCACAGCCUGGCCCGACUCAGCGGCACACUGCAGGAGCUCCAGCCCAAACUGCGCCACCUGCAGGCCAGCCUGCAGGCUGUGGGGAGCAGCAUCAACUUGACACUGCACAACGCCAACUUCACCGGCCUGCUGCCCCUCAUCAGCGUGCCAAUCCCCGUCAGCUUCGCGACGCCGAACCUGACAAAGCUCCAGUCCGUCGUGGACAACUUGCUCAGCAUGAACAUGGACGCCGGGUUUAACGCUGGAGAGGACUUCCUGCGAAGGAUUCCCCAGCGGGUGUCCAAUGUGACCGGACCCUCAGUUCAGAGUGUGAAGCAGCAGUUGGAGAACAUCAAAGAUCAGAUCUCCCACAUGUCCGAGAGGCUCCCCACGCAGGACCUGUGGGACGUGUCCAUGCUGCUACAGGCCACCAGCCACUCCAUUGAGACGGCCACCCCUGUCGUGCAGACGGCAGAGAGAUACAGGUGGAUCAUAUGCCUGGUUCUCUGCUGUGUGAUUCUGCUGGUGGUGGUGUGUAACGCACUCGGGCUGCUGCUGGGUCCGCUAGGACUGCAGCCUAAAGUGGACCCGACUGAACGCUCCAGCAUGGCCAACUGUGCGGGGCUCUUCUUCAUGGCAGGUGCGGGCCUCUGCUUCCUGUUUGGCUGGAUCCUUAUGCUGGUGGUCACCAUCCCCUUCCUGAUAGGGGGGAAUGUGUACGCAUUUCUGUGUGUUCCCAUCCACAACCAGGAACUGUUGCAGAUCAUUGAAACUCCAGGGCUGAUUCCAAGGGUCCACCUAUCUCAGCUGCAAGACCUAAAAAUCAGCGUCUCCCUCAGUGACAUCUACAGCGACUGCCAUCAGAACAGAUCUCUGUGGAAUGCCUUGCGCCUACAGGACGUGUUCGAUCUCGAUGAUAUCUUCAACGUGACCGAGUACGCCGAGCAAAUCGAGAGGCAGUUUUUCGAAAGGAAUAUCACCUUGAACAACGUCAGCUUCCUGAAGCCGGAUCUGCGGAAGCAGCUGUUUGGCUUGUCCACUGUGUCAGAGGCUGUGGACCCGGGAGCUGUCUCCCAGCAGAUUGAUUACCUUUCCACCAUAUCCCUGAACAAGAUCGCAGACAUGCUGGAUCAGUUACGUGACAUUUCAGACAGCACUGUGAGCAUGGAGCUGCUGGAUGAGGCCUCCAGGCUGAGAGAGAUCCAGUACAGCAUCAGUGAGGACAUCAUGCCAGACGUGUGGGAUCUCAACUCCACCCUCCAUGGCCUCCUGGCCACCUGUGCACAAGUUAAUAGCACCAUGGAAACUGGUCUGGUUGAACUAGAAAAUGCUCAGAAAUUCCUGGACGUCAAUGCCUCAGUGAUAGCAAACGCUAACUGCAGAAGAUUCCUGGAUUGUCAGAUGCAAUAUUUUACAGCGUUUGCUGACUGGGCAAAAAGAACAGUCACCCAGGAAGUGGGCUGCUGUGGGCCAGUGGCGGGGGCAGUGGACUCCUUGGAGGUGGUGGCUUGUUCCUACCUGGUGGAUUCUCUGAACGCCUUCUGGUUCAGCCUGGGAUGGUGCCUGAUCUUCCUCAUUCCCAGCAUCAUCUUCUCUAUUAAGCUGGCCAAGUUCUACAGGAGGAUGAAAUACACCGACACAUUUGAGGAUGACAUGCAGCUGACACAAAUCCCCCAGGCCCCCUACAGCUGAUGGGCCCAGGAGAUGCUGCAGAGGUCCUGUCAUGGUCUGGGACCACAGGCAGCACUGAGCACCACUUGGUGCAUAGUGCCAAACACCAGGAGACUCACAAGCACUGACAGGUCACCUCCAGAGCUCUGUGCACGUUCCUUAUGGCUGCCUGCAAGGCCAGCAGAAAGAUCUCAUUAUGGGUUAAUAUUUGCCUGGCAGACUGAAAAUUCUAGCAUUGAGGUUGGCCCAGUUCCCAAUUUUACCUUGUUUUUUUGUGUAAUACCUUGCUAGGGUUUGCAUUCUCUACAAGAAGAUUUGUAUCAAACAGGAGUAGAAUAUUAGAAAAUGAUUAAAGCAUUUCUACGGUUUUUCCAUGGUGUAUGCAACAUUUUUUAUAAAUACCUGCAAUAAAAGUGCAACCCUCCCCUUUCUUA